UAAAGAAAAAGGAAAGGAAAGCUACUUUUGUACACCCUAUAAGAUCUGCAUGCUACUAUUUCAUGGCGAAGUCUAUUAAUAGGGAGGAAAAGCAAGCAUAAACUCGUAUACAAAAAGGAAGUUGCCAGAUCGAUUUUCAUUUUCUCUGCAUAAUUUGCUCUCGCGCGAUCGCCGGAAGAUUUCUCCAGUCUCCAGGUGCAGAUUGAUUCGAAGAACAGCGCAUUUCCUUAUCUGAGGACUUAGGAAGUAUCAGAUAAGAAGCAAGGGAUGACUGCCUCGAGUAAAAUCAGUCAUUCACUCAAGAGAAGUAGGAAGAGUAAACUUGACUACAUAGUUCCAUCAAUUUCCAUGGAAGAUAUACAUGAUGCUAAAGAAGAGAGCGCUGUGAGGGAACUGCGUCAAAAGCUACUUGACAGGGACUUGUUACCUCUUAAACAUGAUGACUACUAUAUGCUGUUAAGAUUUUUGAAGGCUCGAGAUUUCAAUUUAGAGAAAACAAUCCAGAUGUGGGCAGAGAUGCUUAGAUGGAGGAAAGAAUAUGGAGCAGACACCAUAAUCAAGGACUUUGAAUUUGAAGAACUGGAAGAAGUAUUACAGUAUUAUCCUCAUGGAUAUCACGGUGUUGAUAAGGAAGGAAGACCCAUUUACAUAGAGAGGCUUGGAAGAGCUAAUCCCAAUAAGCUUAUGCAAAUCACUACAGUUGACCGCUUCUUAAAAUACCAUGUUCAAGAGUUUGAACGGGCUUUUUCUGAAAAGUUCCCUUCAUGUUCAUUUGCUGCAAAGAAACGCAUAUGCUCAACCACUACAAUUUUGGAUGUACAAGGCCUGGGUAUUAAGAAUUUCACGAAGACAGCUGCAAAUCUUCUUUCAGCAAUAUCAAAAAUUGAUAAUAACUACUAUCCAGAGACACUACAUAAAAUGUAUGUAGUCAAUGCUGGUCAUGGCUUUGAGAAGAUUUUGUGGCCUGCUGCACAGAAAUUCAUCGAUCCAAAGACUGUUGCAAAAAUACAGGUUUUGGGGUCAAAAUCUUUAUCCAAGAUACUCGAAACAAUUGAGUCAAGUCAACUUCCAGAAUUUUUAGGUGGCUCAUGCACAUGCUCAACUGAAGGAGGGUGCCUGCAGUAUAGAAAGGGUCCAUGGAACAAUCCUGAAAUUAUAAAGCUUAUUCUCAACCUAGAAGCAAGAUUUAUGAGGAAAAGCUCCAAAUUAUCCAAUCAUCGUCGGGAAGUUGGUCCAUGCCUUCAUGUCCCAAAGGAAAGUGAAGCAAUUACAGAUGCUCAUUCCAGUUGUAAUGUCGACUCAGUUGAUGAUAGAGUUAAGGUCCAGAAUGCGAUGCAUCCUUGUGGUACAAAUCAAACUGACCAACUGCUAAAUGUUGAGACAAUGAAGCACAUUGCGAAGACAGUGAUGUAUUCCAUGGCGAAAGUGGUUGUAUUUAUAUGUAAAAAGUCGUUCGAAUUAUCUUGGAGAAGGGUAAGUCAUGUAUAUCCAUCCUCCGAAACUGGAAUCGAUAAGCUGCAUGGAGCUGAAGCUACUAUAGUCACAUUCAGCGAAGAGAACAGACUUCUUUCGUGUUGUGUUGAACGUGUAGAAAUAUUAGAAAAGUUGUUGAAAGAAGUUGACAAGAAGCCAGCUGAAAUUCCGUUUAUAAAGGAACAAAUGCUUCAGCAAUCAUUGGAUAGAAUAAGAUGUCUCGAACACGACCUCAAGGAAACCAAAGGAGUCUUGCAUGCUACGGUGAAAAAACAACUUGAGAUUGAAGAAUUAUUGGAAAAGUCAUAUUCGUCGUCGUUGAGCUGCCGUAAGAGGGGACUAUGCUGAAACAAUAGAGAAAUUAAUUAAGGUGUCCUGGUUGGGUGGUAUAUAUAGAAGAGAAUAAGCAAGAAAUUAAGAAAUUAAAUUGAUCGGUAGAUUUUUUUUAUCACUAAUUUGUAACGUGGUAUGAAUUAUUGACAAUUUUCUUUUUUAAGCUAGAAGAGUUUUGACUUUC